GGAAAGAAUACCCGGGCAACCUUACCGGAUAUGUUAGUUUCACUUGCAUUGUUGCUGCCAUUGGUGGUCUUAUUUUCGGUUACGAUAUAGGAAUUUCGGGGGGUGUGACAUCAAUGGACAGAUUCUUAGAGAAGUUCUUCCACGCGGUAUACCUAAAGAAGAAGGCGGUGACAUCCACAAAUCAGUACUGCAAAUUUGAUAGCAUUCCGUUGACGUUGUUCACCUCGUCGCUCUACCUCGCUGCACUUUGUUCCUCACUCAUCGCGUCCUAUGUGACGCGGAGACUUGGGAGGAAGUAUUCCAUGCUGUUGGGAGGCGCUCUCUUCUGCGCCGGCGCUUUGAUCAAUGCCUUAGCUCAAAACGUGGCCAUGUUGAUCCUCGGACGCCUUUUGCUUGGUUUUGGCGUUGGCUUUGCCAAUCAGGCCGUUCCACUUUACUUGUCUGAAAUGGCUCCCUACAAGUAUAGAGGAGCACUUAACAUUGUGUUUCAACUAUCCAUCACCAUUGGGAUCUUAAUUAGUUGCCAAUGUGUUGAACUACUUCUUUGCAAAGAUGAGUUGGGGUUGGCGUUUGAGUCUGGGAGGAGCCAUGGUCCCUGCGUUGUUCAUCAUAGUCGGGUCUAUCUUCCUUCCCGAGACACCGAACUCGUUGAUCGAGCGGGGCAACAAUGAGUUAGCAAAAGAGAGGCUCAAGAGGAUAAGAGGAGUAGAGAAUGUGGAUGAAGAGUUUGAAGACUUGGUGGCAGCUAGGGAUGCCUCUAGGAAAGUUGAGAACCCAUGGAGAAACUUGUUGCAAGAAAAGUAUAGGCCGCAACUCACAAUGGCUAUCAUGAUCCCAUUUUUUCAACAAUUCACUGGAAUCAAUGUGAUUAUGUUUUACGCCCCAGUGUUGUUCAAUACCAUUGGUUUUGGAGAUGACCCGUCACUCAUGUCCGCUGUGGUCACCGGUGGUGUUAAUGUUGUUGCUACUCUCGUCUCCAUUUACUAUGUUGAUAAAUUAGGUCGAAGGUUUUUGUUUCUAGAGGGUGGCAUUCAAAUGUUCAUUUGUCAGGUUGUAAUUGCAAUAUUUAUUGGAGUGAAAUUGGGAGUAAACGGAUACCCAGGCGAGCUGCCAAAGUGGUACGCCGUAGUAGUAGUGCUGUUUAUUUGCAUUUACGUGAGUGCUUUCGCAUGGUCAUGCAUGGGGGCCUUUGGGUUGGCUUGUGCCCAGUGAGAUUUUCCCGCUUGAGAUUCGUUCUGCGGCGCAAAGCAUUAACGUUGCGGUCAACAUGAUCUUCACAUUCAUCAUCGGACAAGUCUUCCUGACAAUGUUGUGUCACAUGAAGUUUGGGUUGUUCUUGUUCUUCGCCUUUUUCGUGUCUAUCAUGACCUCACUCGUCUAUUUCUUCUUGCCCGAGACAAAGAAUAUCCCGAUAGAGGAGAUGGUGGUUGUUUGGAAAAAGCAUUGGUAUUGGACAAGGUUCAUGAUUGAGGUUGAUUGUCCUGGAAAGCCGAACUCUAUCGAAUUGAGUGUUGUAGGAGAAGCUGCUCACAAAAAAGUGUGACAAAUUUGGUUGCAAUGGAAAUGUGCACUCGUGGUUUGACCUACAUUUGAUGUCAUGUUGUGUUUUUAAGUUUUUAUUUAACCUCUUUUACUAAAUUUGUUCAAUUUUGGCGAUAUUGAUCGAUCAUGUGUAAAAACCAAAUAGUGUAAAACCCAUAUUUUAGAGAAAAUUACCGGCCAUAUAACUAAAAGUAAUGACUAAUAUAGUAAUAUGCCAUUAUGCAUAUCAUCCGACCAUUUUAAUGUUAAUCCAU